AUGAGUCAGUACGGGGCCAAAGUCCCAGAGCCUCCCAAGGACACGUCCGAAGUCAUCACCCUGCGAUCGCCUUCAGCUACCCCCGUCGAUUGUGUACAACCAGCAAACGGAGCAGAAUACGUCGAAAUGGAAAAAGAUGGCGCUGUCAAUCCGACCGAAGAUGCUAUUGACAUGACAUAUCAAGGCAUAAAUAUCGGGGACGGAGCGUCGGAAGACAUCAAUUGCAAUAAUCUGGGGAUACCUGCGGAUAGCAAUGACAGCCAAGCUCAUUCAGAGCUGCAGCACGACUUCCAUAUUUCGCCGCCGCAAGACGCAUCACCAUCAGAACGACGACUCGCCGACCCGGAAGGACAGGCGCCAAGUUUAGACACAGAUUGCAGCCCGGGACAAGUCAGAUAUUACGGACCGACGACGCAGCUUCAUAUCCAGUCGCAUUCAGACCGCAGCACCAGCAUCUCAACAGGAAAUGAUAUUCUUUCCACCUCCGACUUCAUCGUGGACAUGGAUGGGCCUCAACUCCGAGAAAUCCUCAUGAACUCCUGUUGGAGCUACUAUUCUCGAUCGGUGAGAGUCGUCGACCCCCAAUUAUUCAUGACGCACCGGGCCACGGGAAAGCGGUCCCAGUAUUAUUCGCGAUUCCUCGAGGAGGCUCUGCUAGCUUGCGCUACGAGAAUAAGCACCUCUCAGGCUGUCCGGAAGCUGGGGAGGGCCUACGCCGAUCGAGCGAAACAGGAUGUUGUGCAUGAACUUGAACAACCGACGAUUGCAACUCUUCAAGGGUUUCUGUUGCUCAGUGACUUUGAAGCUACUUCCGCUCGGGACAGAGUUGGAUGGACUUAUAGUGGGAUCGCCUGUCGACUAAUAUUUGACCUCGGGCUCCAUGAGGACUGUUCCCAACUCGUCAAGCAUGGAAUCCUGGUUCAGUCGGACGGAAAUCUACGCGACACGUUAUUCCUCGCGGCGUUUGUGUAUGACCGGCUAUGGGCACUCUAUCUCGGCCGCCCCAGCUGUGUUCCCCUUGCCCUUGUCCAACAACGUCAAGAUGCGUUCCAGGUGCUAUCAGAUGAUCAAAGCACUCUUCCUUAUUGGGCCAGUCUCUGCAAAUACAUCUCGGAGGUAACAGAGAUUCUCAACGGCUUCGGAGCAGCUCUCGACAGGACUGCUGGAAGUCGACUAUUAGAGCUGGGUGCGAGAAUUUCUACCGCUCACGACCUUCUCCCUCGUCGCUUGUCGUCAAAACACAUCUCUGAUUUGGACGUCAAUGCUUAUGGACUCAACAUGCAAUUUUGCGGCAUCCAGAUUGUCCUCCAUCGCGCAGUGGUCAAAAUUCUAUCCCAAGACGACAACGGCGACUCUACUGCUAAUUCCGUCUGCAUCGAACAAUCACGCGCCAUUAUGUAUGACAGCGCCGCUUGCAUUUGCCGUCUCACUCUGGCAUAUCGUGAAAUAUUUGGGCUCGAGAACUUCAUCACUGUCAUGUUGGAUAACAUGUACAUUGCCGCCAGCACACUUAUAUCCCAAAUACUUCAACCUCCAGCUAGUCGAAACGUUGAAGUGUCGUUUUCAGAUGCACCACAACUUUUAAGCAUCAUUGCAGAAACUGUGGCCGCCUUACACAAUCACUAUCCGGUUGCGGAGAAGAUGAGUCGCACGCUCUCACGAAUAACCGAGAACACCGCACUGGCGUCGUAUUUUGGAUCUUGUACGGGCAUGAAUUUCACGUCGCAGGCAAUGGAUAAGCCGAUUCUUGGUUCCUUUCUACCGCCAAUUGGGGGCUCAUGGGGGUCAAUGGAGGCUCUUGUGCAUGAUGAUUUCAUUUUAAGUCAGAACAAUCUUUUUGGAGAUGACCCUCAUCCGAAUGUGGGAGAAACGGAUGCUCCCUGGAUCAGCGAUAUGGGACUUGGCCUGAUUUCUUGA